GUUCUUUUUCUGUUCCUGGCCCUACCCAGGGACAACUGGGGAACCAGUCCUUAAGAAGGGGUUACCGCACAACAAGUUCCUGCUCUCUCCCUUCUCUCACGUCUCUCGACUCCCUCAUCGCCAACUUCGUCUCAUUCACCAUGGCAUCAGCAGUAUCAUCGGCCGUAGAGGCAGCAGCAACGCAGAUCGCACGGACGGUCCACCCAUACUACCCCGUGGAUCUGAUCCUCGAUCACUAUGUCGCCAACACUUACUCGAUGAAGGACACUCUUACCCUCCUCUUCGCGACUUUCGGAACCAUCACUGUCGGCUCUCUGGCACUGUCCCACCAGAAGCGUAACUCGACCCUCAAGGGUCUCAGCAGCCAGCUGACGUUCCUCUGGUUUGUUAUGUGCGGAUUCAUCCAUCUGUUCCUGGAGGGAUACUUUGGCAUCUACCAUAAGACCCUGGCAGGCGACAGCGCACCCCUGGCCCAGGUCUGGAAGGAGUAUGCACUAAGCGAUUCCAGAUAUCUGUCGAGUGAUUCCUUUGUCCUGAUCAUGGAGCGCAUCACCGCUUUCGCGUGGGGUCCCCUGGCAUUCUACACCGCCUAUGCCAUGUAUCAUAACAGCCCCUCCCGCCAUAUUGCCCAGUUGAUCAUCUCUUUGGGACAGCUCUAUGGAUGCACCCUCUACUACUUGACCACCAUCGUCGAGGGCUCCCCCCACUGCGAUCCUCACCCUUACUAUUACUACUUUUAUUUCGGAUUCUUCAAUAUUUUCUGGAUGUUGUUACCCACGAUCUUGAUGCACAACUCGAUCAAGCACCUUUACAGAGCCAUGAAGCUUGUGCACCAGAAUGAAGCGGUCGCAGCUAAGGUCAAGAAGAUCAACUAAGACGACCGUGCAGCACAUUAGAACUAUAUAAAACCAACUUCAUUUGCUAUCCUGUUUGUACAUUUGAAGAAUGCGAUGCAG